GACGACUGAUCCAAAACGUGGCGAGUGGUGUUUACAUUAUUGCCACGUGACCACGUCGACGGUGGAAGAAACAUUCGCUGCUCAUGGUUCAUGAAUGGCGAGCGGUGGCGUGGUGGCGUCUCUACUGUCGUCGGCGACCAAGCUGCUCGACCUCCUCCGGGGUGCGCCGUCUGUUUCUCGCCGUGCAGGGCAGCAGCAGCCGGUUUCCGCAGACGUGCAUCGGUUGCAGCGGCUGCUGAGGAGGAUCCAGGCCACGAUCGAUGACGCUGGGGAGAGGGAGAUCCGGGACAGUUCUGUGAAGCUAUGGAUCGCAGAGAUCACGGUCGUCGCUCGCGACGCCGAGGACGUCCUAGAAGACUACCGUUACGAGCUGAUCCGGCGGCGCGUGCAAAGACUAGAAGGCACCGGCGGCGGCGCCUCUACCUCGUGCAAGCGGAAGCACCACCACGACGACCAAGGUUAUGGCAUCCGUGAGAGAAUGAUCAGGAAGAUCACACGUAGGUUCAGCAUUUCCACAGAUCGAGCCGGCUUUCAGUUCAGACCUGAGGGGGACGAUGGUAGCACCAGUGAGGGAAUCGUGGAUAUCACGAGGUGGUUUGAGGAAAUCCAUACAGAUCAAACUGCCGCGCAGCUCAGGCCAGAGGACGAGGAUGGUGACAUCAGCAAGCGAAUUGGGGAGAUCAUACGCCGAUUCGAGGAGAUCACUGGAGAUCGAGCAGCCCUGCACCUCGGACAGGAGGAUGGCGAAAGAAACACUUGGAGUGGGAGGGACUCCACGUGGGAAUCAAGAGUGACUAGCCAUCUUCUGGAUGAAUCCUGUGUUUUUGGUAGGACCAAGGAAAAAGAGCAUGUUGUAAAGUUGGUGAAAUCAUACAGUAAGUGCCCAGGAAUUCAUGUUUUGCCAAUUGUUGGAAUGGGGGGCAUUGGCAAGACAACGGUGGCACAGAUGGUUUACCGCGAGGUCCAAGAAAGUUAUGACCUUCUGAGUUGGGUUCAUGUCCCCGAAACAUUUGAUUUACGCAAGCUGGCGAUAGCAAUCACAGAGUCUCUGUCCAGACAACCAUGUACAUACAACAAUUUUAGCGUCGUUCAUGAUGUUCUGCAACAAACAGUACUAAACAAGAGAGUGUUCCUUGUUCUGGAUGAUCUAUGGAAUGAACGGCAAAUUUGCUGGCAAGAUUUUCUUUGUUCACUCAAGUUUGCUGAUACUAUGACAAUCCUGGUGACUACUAGGAGCAAAGAGGUAGCACAACUUCUGCAGACCAUUCCUCACUUCGAGCUUGGCUUGUUACCUGAAGAUCACUGCUGGCAGUUGUUCCAAUGCUAUGCUUUUGGCCAUAGAAACAUCCAUGAAGAGUCCGCUUUGGUUCAGGUAGGUAGGAAAAUUAUGGAGAAAUGUAGUUGCUUACCAUUGGCAAUUAAAUCCAUAGGUUGCCUGUUGCGGUCCAAGAUGGAUAUGCAGACUUGGAUGGAAAUAUCCGAUAGUGAGUUUUGGGAAUAUUCAGAUAAUAAUGAAGAGAUCUUGUCGGCUCUUAGACUGAGCUUUCAUCGGCUGCCAGGAAGGCUGAAGCCUUGUUUUCUGCUGUGUGCUUUAUAUCCCAAAGGCGAGCCUUUUACCAAGGACGACAUGAUUCACUUAUGGACUGCUCAUGGUUAUGUACAGCCUUCAGGAUGCAAAACACUAGAGAAGGUCGCUGGUGAGUACUUUGAUGAGUUGAAUGAAAGAUCACUGAUCGAAAUGGAUACAUACUAUUUGGUCAGUCGUGAGGGUCACAAUUACUUGAAAAAGUCACGUGUAAGAUCACCAGUUGAAAUCUCUAGUGGGGAGAUCUUCGACACUGAUGUUAGCUUUUAUGAGCUGCACAUAAGAUCAUUGGUUGAAAAUUUUCACAAAGGAACGACAGAGUCUUCCUUGCCAUUUCAAUUGUUUAGGCUGCAUGACAUGAUUUGGGACCUUGCAAAAUCUCUGUCCAGCUGCUUGUUUUCUGCUGUAGCUGUUGAUGAAGGUAACCUUUACAUGCAAAAUGAAGUUCAGCACUUAUUUCUCUGGUUAGGCAGGGGCAGAUCGAAACAAAAUACACAGAGGGGGCACUCUGAACUUAUCCCCAUUUCUAAGUCUCGUGAUCUAUUCAUCUCUUGGAUAAACAAUUCUCUUGGGCUUGAAUCUGAGCCAUUUAGAUGGAGGCAUAGGUCCACACCCAGGCCCAGCCAUCGACCCCAGGUGUCUGAUUUUGAGCUCCUAGGGCUAAGCUCAACUGCGUUGCUAGGCAUUGCCUUGGAGGCCAUGAUCCAAGCACGACCUGAUCCUGUGCAAGAUCCCAUGAGUUCAGCAAGACUUCUAGCAUAUUUGCCCGAAAACAAACAUGAAUACAUACUUUCUACACAAAGUCGACGUUCUCAGUUGUUCAAAAUAGAUUAUUUACGCACCUUAAUUUUAAAACAAUGUACAUUUUACAAUAUUGGCAUAUACACAUAUCUGAGAGCUCUUAUACUAUAUUCAUGUAAAGAUAGUGGCUGCAUAGCUGCAAUCCAAUAUCUGAAGCUCUUGCGCUAUCUCAAUAUAAGGAAUUGUGAUUCAUUGACUGGCAAAAAUCUGAAUCACUUGACACAAUCAAUAUGUCAUCUUUACAGCCUUGAGAAACUGAUCGUAUCCACUUGUUGGAAAGAGUUCUCCAUUCAGUCGUGCCAUCUUUUCAGUUUAAGAUAUCUCCAACUCUCCGUUCAAUUCAAUGACUGGUCCCAGCAUCCACUUUGCCACUUCCAUAACUUGGACACACUGUGCUUGCAGAACUGCCAUAGCAUUGCGGAGCUCCCUACAGGCAUAGGAAAUCUGAUGAACCUGAGAUGCCUUAAGCUUAUUGGAAUUUCAGAGAUCAAGAAGUUGAAUCAUGAUUCUUUACUAUGUCAGUGUAAUAACAACAAGUGCCAGUUAAUGAAGGCAAUAUUCCCUGCCCUAAUGGAGUUAGAACUUGAUAGUCUGUGCGAACUACAGGACUGGUGUAAAUUCCAGGAUUCAGAUUGCCCAAAGAUGCAGAGCAUCACUGUAAGAAACUGCAACAAACUUAGACGAAUCCCUUACUUUGGUUCUGUCAGAAGUCUAAUGAUAAUAAACUCAGCUCUAAUUGGUCUCCAGCUUUCAGCAUCUAACGAACCUUCUCAGCUGCAGACUCUUGAUAUCAGUUACUGUGAGAACCUGGAAUCCUUGUUGGGACUGGAAAAUCUUUGUUCUCUCGGGAGCUUAUAUAUUGCCCAUUGUCCUAAACUAUUUGUCUUGCGUCAAGAGAAGCUUUUGUUUAGGCCUCAAAAUAUAUUAAUUGAUGACUGCCCUGGACUGAUCGAAUGGUGUGAUGAGCAAGAGCUCUACUAUCAUGUGAGGUCUUAUGCUCUUCUAUUUUUUUUAUUUUAACAUUAGUCCAUUGUCUUGUGCUCUUGCAAUGGGUUUUCAGUACCAUGCUGCAUAAAAGGUAUAGUCCAUCGUCUCGCAAGGGUUUCUUAAAUUUUGAGAGGUUUAAAUAUUUUAAUUUUUAGUACUGUGCUGCACAGUAGCAACUUUACGAGAGUAGAUGUUAGAUUUAGUGGAUGAUUUCGAGUACCUUGGUUAAUUUCUUGUUGUAGCUACCUCUCAUUGUUAAGAUCAUUAGGUGACUCUUCUUGGUAACCACUGUACUUACUGUAUCAGUCUCUAGAUCAUUAGGUGAUACAAACACCAUGUACAAAUUUUAUUGGAAAAGAGGGAUUAAGUGGUGUUA